AUGCGUGUGUGCAUCAGCGCCUUCAAUAACUCGGCACAUUCCCUCGUGUCCGUGCUCUGCAUUCGAGCCCUGCAAGCAAGCAAGCGUCCGAUAGAUCUUGAUAAACUCGAUAUCCGGCCUCCUUUCAACCGGGUGACCUUGCGGGGGGCAAACGCGUAUCCGGAUCUUAAAAUAUCCCGGCCCAACGAAUCCACGCGCCUCCUGGAAGUGCCAGAGGGCGCCGUGGUGACGGAUUCGGCGCCCAAACCGAAGAAGACGACGAACAAAAGCGCAGCGCGAACCGGCAAGCAGGGAGAGAAGGGAGACGCCAUUAUUAACAUGCCCUUGCUGGCACCCGAUAUUGUGGUAGACGACAUGGGGGGCUCGAGUCCCUCCCGCGGAAGAAUGGGGGGGUCGGACGGCUACAGAGGAGGAGGAGGAGGAGGAGGAGGAGGAGGAGGAGAUAACACCAAACUUCCUAUCGUGAUGCUCCAGGGAUUCUUCCGAGGCCCGGGGGAAAGGUCUCCCCAUCACAGGCGGCCGUCGAUGACCGUGAGUGAGCUGACCCUCCCUCCUGACCUUCUUGAUGUGACUUCGGUCAUCCGCGGCGCCCUUCCAGUGUUGCCACGUCCUCUCGCCGCCCUCUGCCUCACACUCAACAUUCUUCUUCCUGGACUUGGCACGGUCGCGAGCGGCUGGAUGGGCCUGUGCUGGGGCCGGAACAGGCUGAGCCCCGUGGAGACCAGCGGCCACAGGUUCACGUCGGUGGUGGUCACGGGGGUUACGGGCCUCGUGCAGCUGUUUACCGUCACCUUCUUCCUCGUGGGCUGGUUCUGGGGCGUGGCUUGGGGCAUCCUCCUGGUCUCCAUAGCGAAUAAGUACGCCAACUUCCUCUCGGAGCACCGCACAUCCCUGACGGGCGCUGUCACGUUAGAGAUGCUGACAGUCAACGCCAGCUGAGGCCUCUUCCGACUGACAUUUAUGACGUCAAUGAUACCUGUUCAUCUCAGACCUAUUUAUCUCUUGUGUGGCGUUCUCUUCCCAUCCCGGUGAGACGGGAUGAGAGGAGAUAAAGAAAAGAUAAAAAAAGUGAAUAAAGUAAAAAAAAAAAUAAAUAAAAAAAAAUAAAAAAAAGGGUACUUCUAUGUCUGAGAAGAGAUAGAAAGAGAAAAAGAAAAUGAGAA